CACCUUGACAUCAUGUAAGUUUAUUUCUACAAAAAGGCUCACGAGAUAUAAUCAUAAACACCUAUAAACAAUGGCAGGUGUACCUGUGAUAGACUUCCAAGUAUAUGGACUCGAUGGAGCUACAGACAUUGUACCAACUGAUACAGAUCUUAAAAAGGUUGCAGUGGAAAUGUACGAUGCACUAACAAAUGUGGGGUGUCUGUACAUUAAGAAUCAUGGGAUGUCACCUAAAAUGGUGAAAAGACUUGAGGCUGCAGCUCUUCAAUUCUUUAGCUUGCCUAUUGAAGAAAAGAUGAAGUUCAAAGGAAAUGCUAUAACCCAUGGUUACGUCCCAAUGGGUGUAGAACGAUUAGGGAAUGCAACUGAACCUGAUGUUAAAGAGUCAUUCGUGUAUUUUCCUGAAAAUCUAGCACCAUGGCCGGAGAUCGAGGACUUUAAAGAGAGUUUCAUUGACGUAUUCCACAACUUCACAAUUCUGCUUCAUAGGAUUUUAGAAGUUUUAGCGCUCUCACUAGAUCUGGAAAGGGAGUUCUUUAAGAAGCACCAUUGUACAUUAGAAAGGCAAGGUGGGACAGUUAUGCGUACAGCAUUGUACCCAAAGAUGCCAGAUGACUUUAAGAAAACUGAUGGUCAACUUAGAUGUUCAGAACAUACAGACUGGGGAACUGUGACCGUUAUCCACCAAGAUAAUGUCGGUGGUCUACAGGUGAAGACUAAAUCUGGCGAGUGGAUUGAUGUGAAACCAAAGGAUGGUACGUUUGUGGUGCAAAUUGCAGACCUUAUGCAAAGAUGGACGUCAAAUAAAUUCUACGCUCCUCCACACAGAGUUUUGAAAUUACCAGAUGAAACCAACAGCUUCAUUGGAGCCAAAAGAUCUAGGUUUAGUCUGAUUUAUUUUGGAAACCCGGAUUCUGAUACAGUGGUACAAGGGAUUGACGGAUCGAAGUAUGAGCCUAUUAUUGCAUCCCAUUACUAUGAAGAGUUGAAUGAGAAGGCUAGUAAGCAGGGUUAUGAAGAAACAUUUCACCAUACUUUGGACAUUUAAUGAAUCAGAAUAUACCCAAAUGCAUCAGAUGCAAAAAUGACUAGGUACAUUGCUGUAAUCGUGUAACUAUGAUGUAGAAUGCGACUGAAUUCUGCAAGCAUAGAGUUACCUUGGGUUGGGUUGUCACAAAAUAUUGUAAAAUAGGAACUGAAAAAUGAUAAUGAUGAUCCGAAGGCUGCUCUUUUAAAUCUGCUUUAUAAAACCAAUUCAUACUAGAAAUAUAUUGAUACUGUUACAUGAUACAUGUAGAUGCAAAACAAUGACUUUAAGAUAAACUAUAAUAUAACUAUACUAAACUAAACUACUAAACUAUAAUAUUUGAAGUUACCAGAUGAUAUUUUCGAUAUACUACUGUAAACAGCCGGCCGAUUGAGUGUUUUGUUCAAUGUUGUAUUCAAUUUUUAACAAAAUACUCAAUUGGCCGGGCGCCGUAGUGAAAAUCGGAGCAAAUG